GCAACUCCUCUCUUGCUGCGAAAUAACAAUUUUGUGGGAGGGUAUUCAGAGGUCAUUAGUAUAUAUACGUUUUAGCUAGACCUGGCAACCGUGGUGUAUACUUUAGAUACAUUUGACUCUAAACAGACACAAAUGACCCUGCGUCCGUCGGUAGUCACAGGGCGGUAGCUUUUGCACAACACAUUGAGUGCUAGCUAGCUAGCUAGCUAGGUAGGUAGGUAGAUUGCUAACCUUAGCUGUAUGACCUAGCUAGCAUCCAACAUCUGGUAGAAAACUAUUUUCUCAUUAUUUGACAUUAUCGUUGACAUGUCGGCCUUUUCAGAGGCAGCUUUGGAAAAGAAACUAUCGGAGCUUAGCAAUUCCCAACAAAGUGUCCAGACUCUGUCACUGUGGCUUAUCCAUCAUAGAAAACACUCGAAGACCAUCGUCAACGUUUGGUUCAACGAAUUGAAAAAAGCCAAGGUAUCCAGGAAGCUCACCUUCCUCUACCUCGCCAACGACGUCAUCCAGAACAGCAAGAAGAAAGGACCUGAGUUCACUCAGGACUUUGCUCCUGUCAUUGUUGAUGCCUUCAAACAUGUGUCCAGGGAAGGAGAGGACCCCUGUAAGAAACAGCUGGGCCGGGUUCUGUCCAUCUGGCAGGAGAGGGCUGUGUAUGAGAACAACCUGCUGGACCAGCUCUCACACGUCCUGUUGGGAGAGAAGAAGGCCAAGAAGAGGCCGUAUGAGGAGAUUCAACUGGACGACCAGGACUUGGCCUCCCAAAGCUCCCCCGCGGAGCCCCCACAGACGGCAGAGUUAAUCCGGGCCCUGCAGGAGCUUGAGAAUGCAGCCUCUGGGGACUCAGCACUGCGACAGCGAAUCUCCUCCUUGCCUGCUGAGGUGCAGGACACGUCACUGCUGCACAGGAUCACAGAUAAAGAGCAGGGUGAGCGCCUGUCCAGGCUGGUGGAGGAGGCAUGCAUGCUGCUGGCGGACUUCAGCGGCCGUUUGGCGGCGGAGAUCGACGACCGGCGGCAGCUUACGCGGACGCUCACCCUGUUUCUACACAGCCAGAGGGACGGCCUGGCGCAGAACGAGCAGAAACUAGAAGAGUACAAGCGCAAGCUGGCGCGGGUGACCCAGGUACGGAAGGAUCUGCGUUCUCAUCUCAGCAACCUACCAGACCUCUCUGUGCUCCCCAGUGUGACCGGUGGACAUUUGCACCUGCCCUCGUCUGGCGUCGAGCUUUAUGACCCCACAGCCUGACAGCUCACCUGUGUUUCCCAUCUCUGACCGACCAUCCACCCUCUGAUUGACACAUCUCUCGCCCUAUCAUUUAACUUGUGGACAUCACUUCACUUCGUGGACAUCAGAGUCACUUAGGUUGGGAGAUACGUCAGUCAAAGGUUACUAUCAUUGGCCAUAUGCAUCUUGCCAUUGUGCUACUGUUCGACUGCUCUCUCAUCCAAUCUUUCCACAUGUAGUCCUAUUUAUCAAAUUUCUCUCUUACCCAUCAUCAUGUAACCCUCUCUUUGUAACAGUAUAUCUCCCUCCUAUUCGCCAAGGAUCCCUCGUAUUCUCUUCACAAUAGAUCACUCUUAUUGGUACAGUAUUCGGAAAGUAUUCAGACCACUUGACUUUCUAAAAUUGAUAAAAUUGUUUUUUACCCUCAUCAAUCUACACACAAUAGCCCAUAAUGACAA